AUGUCCGCGUUGAGAGAAUCGUCCGACGUUCGCAGCAUCGCGGAGGAAGAGGUCGAACGUCUCAAGACCGAACUUGCUUCCAAGACGGAUGCCCUGAAGGAAAGAGAUCUGGACGUGGUUCGCUUGGAAUCGUAUCUGAAAGCCGCGAGAAGAAAGUCGAAGCAGCCGCCACCUGAAGAGAGCGGACUCGAGCUACAGCAAAAGCUGCAGGAAACCGUCCGCAAACUGAAAGACCGGGAGAGAUCGCACGCCGACUUGGAAGAGGAGUUGGAAGAGAAAGACGACAAAAUCAGCGCGCUGAAAAAAGAGUCGACGCUCGCCAAGACCGCGAUGUCCAUGUACGAAAAGCGGGUGGACGUCUUGGAAGAAAACCUGAAAACGGCUUGCAAGCGAUACGACGAGGAAGUGAAAAGCAGACGGAUUGUGGAGGCGGCCGCGAAAAAGGCAGACGAGCACGCGCAAUUAAUGGCCGACAAGAACGUCGAAUUGCAGCGAGAACUGUUAAGACGGCAAACCGAUGAGUCGUUGUACGAAAUGGAAGUGAGCAUCGGAGAGAAGGAGGAGUUGCGGCGAGCGCAAUCCGAUCUGGAGGAGGAACGGAAGACGGUUAUGCGAUUGAAGAGUGCGAUAGAGGACCUGAAAAAGGACCAAACGCGUCAUUCGGAG